ACGUCUUUCUCUUCAGUUCUCACGUUGGUUCCUUUCACUUUCACUAUCCCUCUCCCAGUUCCCUUUCUUGAAUCUUCUCUUCUGCAAUUUUUGGCCAAAAAAAAAAUGAAAAAGAAAGUCUCAAAAUUGUCUACAGUAAACAUUCCAUAAAAUAUUCCACUCUGCUGCUCUUUAUUCUGAUAAUUUCUCCUUUCUCUCUCUUUCCAUUUAAAAAUCCAACCUGUCUGAAAACUUCAAAUCUUCCCCCAGAAAAAUUGAUGAACAACCCAUUUCUCAAAAUGCCCCAAAUUCUUUGGAUCUAACCCUUAAUUUUAAAGGCUACCUCACAUUGUACUCAAAAACCUCAUUCCAAUUUGUAGAGUAGAAGGUGGAAAAUGAGAGUGCUGAGUGAAUCUUGGUGUUUUUGCAAUGGUGGGGGCAAGUCUGAAAGACUCAAAGCUUCUAUUUUUACUACUAAAAGCUCAGCAAUGGCGAAACUUUCAACUUCCUCCGCCUCUUCCGCCUCCGCUAGCUCCGUCGGUGGCGGCGGAGAAGCUUCUGGAACUGGGUUUUUGAUUCACAGGAAUCUCCUUCUGACCACCCAUGGAAAUCUUCCUUCUGUUAAUGUUGCUGAGUCUGCUGAGAUCCGGCUUCAAAAUGGUGUUCCUGCCACUCUUGUUCCUCACAGGUUUUUUAUCACCAGUUCUGUGCUUGAUCUUACUAUCGUGGGCUUGGAUACAAAUGAAGGAGAUUCAGUUGCACAUGGUCAGCAACCUCACUUCAAAAUUUGUUCUAAACUAAACCUCGAAUUAGGCAACAUUGUAUUUCUUCUAGGGCAUGCAGAGAAAAAACAGCUGUUAAUUGGCGAAGGGAAAGUGGUGAUAGCUACAGAUAAUCUCAUAAAACUAUCAACAGAAGGCUUUACUUGGAGCCCUGGAUCUGCCGGUUUUGAUUCGCAAGGUAAUCUUGCAUUUAUGAUCUGUGAUCCAAUGAAGCUAGCCACUUCACCAAACACCAAAUCUUGUUCAACUUCUUCAUCUUCUUCAGCAUCUUGGAAGAAGGAUCUUCCAAUGCAAUUUGGCAUCCCGAUGCCCAUUAUCUAUGACUGGUUAAAUCAGCAUUGGGAAGGCAGCCUCGAUGACCUCAGCAAACCGAAAUUACCGCUGAUGCGGUUGGUGUCAGCCGGCCAUAGAAGUGAGCAUUCUUGUGCUUCUUUUACAAUGAGGCAAGUUUUCAAGGCAACUGAUGAAAUUGAGGGAGCCACGUCAUCAUCAAAUACCGUGUCAAAACCUAGAGACCAACCUGGACAAGGGUGUCCUGCAGCUGGACUCACCGGAGAGGACGACAAAGCACAUGGUAGCACAACUCACCUUCAGGGAAUUCCAACCCCUGAAAUCUAUGAAUCACCAAAGGUAACUGCAAACCCUGUGAAGAAGAACGAAACUACGCAAAUACAAAUACAACUCUUGGAUAUCAAUUUCCCUCCAAGGGUAUUCAAACCCCCAUCAACCCGACCUUCGAAGGAACUUCUUCCAGGUUCAGGUGAGAAUUGUGUGAAUGAAGCUCCUUUAUUAAGUUCAAACAAAGAGGAAAGAGAGGAAGCAAAGCAAAGGAAAGAUAACGAGGCAGCUUUAAUGGAGGAAACUGGCUCAACUGGUUCAGUAGGUGAUGCACAGAGCGAGGUGCAGUCUAGUUGUUCACCAGUUGUAGCAGUAUCAGGAGUUAGAGAUGCAGAAAGCAGUGAUGAAGAGACAUUGUAUUCAGCAGAAACUGCUGAAAGCAGAAACUAUAAUAGCCCUAGGGAAGGGAAGUUCCAGCCUGUUGGGAGGAGUCAAAGUUGUGUGAGUUACAAUAGGUGGGGCCCAGUUCACCGGAAUCCGGUGGCUCGAAGGACAUCAUUAGAGAAACAGAGGAGUUUUAUGCAGCCGAGAAAGACUUACUCACAAGGAGCUCCAUCUCAUAAGACAAUGGACUAUUUCAGUCCUACAGUGUCUUCUGUCAUGAAGAAGCGGAACAACGAGCAGCAGCAGCAGCGUCAGCCGCCACCACAACAACCAAUCAAGCCACGGCCAACUGCAGUAAAUUCUUCGCCUAGGUGGAAUUUUUGAUGUACCUACAAAAUUGUGAAAUGUAGAAGAUUAAAAAGAUAUAAUCCUAUAAAGUUAUAACCCUUCUGUUGUGGUACAUGGAAAGUGAGUCAGCUUGGUUCAAUUGUUUCCAUUUUCUUACACUGUAAGUUGUAACUAAUUAAUUUGUUGUGACCACCAUUUUAGACAGGCACCUCUUAAUUAAUAAUAAGAAAAAUAUGAGAAAUGUUGUAUGAAAUGCUUCAAA